UCAGCAGCAGCAUCAUCAUCAGCAGCAGCAUCAUCAGCGGCAGCGGCAGCAUCAUCAGCAGCAGCAGCAAGAGGAGGCCCCGGCCAUGUCUCCCCCGCGCGUCUGGCCACUGCUCGUGGCCCUCGCGAUCCUCCCCGGGUCACUCCCCGGGUCCCCGGCGGCUCCCUCGGGCCCCGCGUCCCCGUGGCCUCAACCUCGCCGCACCUCCUGGAGGGGGGGGCCCAACGUGGCCGCGCGGCGCCACCGAGACCAGAGGCCCCCACGCGGCCACGGGCAGCACGGGCCGAGUGGCGGGGAGGACAUGCAGGCCCUAAACCGCGCCGGGGGGCCCGGGGGCGCCGUGGGGACUGGGGGGCCCGGGGGUGUAAGGAUGGACCCUUGGAAUCAUCAUCAUCAGCAGCAGCAGCAGCAUAAUCAGCAGCAGCAUAAUCAGCAGCAGCAGCAUCAUCAGCAGAGACCUCUGAAGCUGCCCGGUGGAAUGGCCCAACAUUCUCGACAAGCGGCAUCUGGCGUGAAGGUGGCAUCGGCUGCCGCGGCUGCGCAGGUCAUGAAGAGCCCACCGGCAGGCAAAGCCUCGGAGCGGGAGCCGAGGGAGCCGGCGGCGGAGUGGCUGAGCGCGCAGCUGGGGAGCCUGGCGCGCUCCCUGCACGCGUGCGGCAGCAGCGGCGGCGGCAGCAGCGGUGGCGGCGGUGGCGGCGCGGCAGAGCGCGGGGCGGAUGCGUUGCGGUUGCGAUUCCUCGGCAGCGGCAGAGAAGUCACUUGUAACGACGGCAGCCCCGCUGGGUAUUAUAUCCGCAAGUCGGAGGGUAGCAAGCGGUGGCUGAUAUUCCUUGAAGGAGGCUGGUAUUGUCACAGCAGAGAAAGCUGCGAUGCGCGAUUCGCGUCCCUCCAUCAUCUCAUGAGCUCCGCCGAGUGGCCCCACACGCGCACAGGGAACGGGAUCCUGUCUCCGCGCCCCGAGGAGAACCCGCACUGGUGGAACGCAAACACCGUCUUCGUGCCGUACUGCUCGAGUGACGUGUGGAGCGGGAACGCGCCGCGCUCCAGUCGAGGUGGGUACGCGUUCCUGGGGGCGCGGAUCCUGCGGGAGGUGGUGGUGGAGCUGGUGAGGCACGGGAUGGGUCACGCGCGCACCAUCAUGCUGGCAGGCAGCAGCGCGGGUGGCACGGGAGUGCUGCUGCACCUGGACAGCCUGGCCGCCCAGCUCCGUGCCCUGGGGGUCCCGGCCCAGCUGAGGGGGCUCGCCGACUCGGGAUGGUUCGUGGAGCGCAGGGGGGGCGGAGCGGCCCCCGGCUGCGGAGGGGGGAUCCGGCCCGGGGCGGACUGCGGCGCGGGGGCCCCCGCUCACUCUAUGCAGCACGCCGUCCGGUUCUGGAAUGGGUCGGUUCCGGAGCGGUGCCGCUUGCAUCUCCCCCCGGGGGAGGAGUGGAAAUGCUUCUUCGGCUUCAUCACCUUCCAGACGCUCGCCACCCCGGUGUUUGUGGCUCAGUGGCUCUUCGACGAGGCCCAGCUGACUGCCGACAACGUGCAGCUGCUGGGGCCGACUCGGGGCGGCGACCAGCUGCCCUACCUGCGCGAGCUGGGACAGGAGCUGCGCGCCACACUCCACCCGCUGCCGGCGGUCUUCUCUCCCGCGUGCCUCGCUCACACGCUUAUCACGAGCAGUGGCUGGGCUGACGUUCAGGUGAAGGGGCUGACGCUACCUCGCGCCCUGCAGUGCUGGGAGCAGAGCCUCCAGCACGCGGCGUCUCGAAACGGCACCAAGCAUCAGCAGCAGCAGCAGCAGCCGGCGCCGCAGGGUGCCCUGGCGGAACGGUCACCUCCCGCCGUUGGCAGCGGCGUCUCUGGCGAGGGGGGCAGCAGCGGCGGCAGCAGUGGCGGCCGGUGGGCGGCGGCGGCGGCGGCGGCGGCACCGGCGCCUUGCGCCUUCCGCGCCGUCGACAGCUGCCCGUGGCCGCACUGCAACCCGAGUUGCCCGGCGCUGCGCGACGCGCUCACGGGCCAGGAGGUGAGCGCCAUCGCCUUCCUCACCCAGCUGGGCUUCGACGUGCGCAGCAUGGCCUCGCAGCUCGGCAUGGACCCCGACACGCUGCUCAACGUGCUCAGCGACGGCACAUAG